AUGAAGACAGUUGCAAUUGCGGGGGGGCAAUCAAAUGUCGGUUGGGAGGUGAUCGAACGGAUCUUGACUAAAGGCACGCACGAAGUGAGAGUAUUAACACGAAAUGAUUCGAAUCGCAAACGCCGAGAGACAGCACUUGUCACUUGGGUAGCUGUCGACUACGACGAUGAAGAAGCUAUAGCUCUUGCCUUGAAAGGCGUGGAUACAGUGUUGUCCUUUAUAACAAAUAUUGACCCCGGCGCCUGGGCAAGAUCGCACAUCAAUUUGAUCAAUGCUUGUCUUACUAGUGGUGUCAAGAGGUUUGCGCCGUCGGAGUGGGCCUGCCGAGAAGACGGAGCUCCCGCCCAUUACGAUUCCAAAACUCCAGUGAGACGAUAUCUAGAGGAGAUCAACCACCCCGUCAAGAAGCUUGAGUAUUGUCUAUUCCAGCCGGGCUUUUUUGCAAACUACUUUGCCCCGCCCGGGCGCGUGUCAACUAAGCAUUUUCAUAUGCAAGACAUGUGUAUCGAUUUUGAAAACCGUCGGGCUUGGCAAAUUGCAGACGGGAAGUAUUCGGUCACGUUGACAACUGUGGAAGACCUGGCAGAAGUUGUCGCGCGAGCUCUCGAUUUCGUAGGGCCUUGGCCGGAAGUAGGGGGCGUUCGCGGUUCCCAGGUAACAGUGGCUUCUUUGUUAAGCCUAGGUGAGGAUCUUCGUGGUAAAUUUCAAAUAGACAGGCUAUCGUACGAUGCGGCAAAGAAAGGAACGGCUGAGACGACUUGGUACCCUCUACUUGAGCAUCCGUCUAUUCCGUCUGACAUUCCAGCCGAUACGUUGAUUGCUUUGUCGAAGAAAGUACACAUGGCGUAUGCUGUAUCUUUUGCAGAAGGGGCGUGGUCUGUUUCUGACGAGUGGAAUCAACUGCUGCCAGAAUAUCACUUCACGUCUGCCGAGCAGUAUUUGCGCAGAGCAUGGUCAGAGGCGUAA